GUCUCUCACGAGAGGAAGAAAAGUUGUGUGUUUGUGGUCAUGUUUGCCUUGGUUUUGUUCUCGGCUCUGUCAGGCCUGCUGGCGGUCUUGUCCUGGGUCUACUGCACCAAGCCCUACCUGGCCUGCGACCUCAGGUACACCAUGGCUGCCCUCCGAGUGGGCUCCAGGAUGAGGAAGUUGAGCAGCAAGAAAAGGUUCCACAGCAUCUUGGACGCCUUCCUGGACCACGUGGCCAAAGACCCGCACAAGAAGUUCCUGUGGUUCCAGGACAGAAGUUGGACUUACCAACAAGCCGACCAGGAGAGCAACAAAGUGGCUCGGGUGUUGAGCACUUUGUUGCAGGAAGGUCAAAGUGCGGCAUUGUUGAUGGGCAACGAGCCAAACUUUGUGUUUGUGUGGUUGGCUCUCAGCAAACUCGGGUGUUGUUCUGCGCUCCUCAACUCCAACAUCAGGUCCAAAUCUCUGCUGCAUUGUUUCUCCUGCUGCGACGCCAAAGUGCUGCUGGUGGGCGCCGACCUCCAAGAGGCAGCAGAGGAAGUUCUUCCAAGUCUGGACCAGCAGGGAGUCCGUGUGUUCAUGGUGGGUGAAGGUCCUGAGUCCAAGAACAUCCAGUGUCUCUCACACAAGAUUCAACAGGCCUCAGGUACACCUGUGUCACCUGAGCUGAGAGCCAACGUUCACAUCAGCAGUCCUGCACUCUACAUCUUUACCUCAGGAACCACAGGUCUCCCCAAGGCCGCUGUCAUAAACCACAAGAGACUUUGGUUUGCCAGUCUUCUUCAGUCCAUUGCUGGCGUCCGCUCUGAUGAUGUCAUCUACAUCUACCUGCCGCUCUACCACACGUCUGGCUUCCUCAUGGGACUGUGUGGAGCCAUAGACCAGGGCAUCACCGUGGUCCUAAGACAGAAGUUUUCUGCCAGCCACUUCUGGAGCGACUGCAGGAAGUACGAGGUCACCGUCAUUCAGUACAUCGGCGAGAUCAUGCGCUACCUGUGCAAUACGCCCAAGCGAGACAACGAGCGAGACCAUAAAGUGCGACUAGCUUUGGGAAACGGACUGCGAGCGGACACCUGGGAGGACUUUCUUCAGCGCUUUGGGAAGAUUGGUGUGUUUGAAUGUUACGGAGCCACCGAAGGAAACAUCGGUUUUGUCAACUACGCUGGAAAGAUCGGAGCCGUUGGCCGAGUUCACUUCCUGCACAAAAUGGCGUACAAUUAUGCUCUCCUCAGGUUUGAUACGGAGAAAGAGGAGGUGGUUCGAGACUCCAAAGGAUUUUGCAUGGAGGUUCCAAGAGGAGAGAGCGGUCUGCUGGUGUGUAGGAUCGCAGAGAGCGCCCCCUUCAGUGGUUAUGCUAAAAACCAACAUCAGACUGACAAGAAGAAGCUGAAAGACGUUUUUGUCAAAGGAGACGUUUACUUCAACACUGGAGACAUCUUGAAGAUCGACCAUGAAGGCUUCGUCUUCUUUCAGGACCGUGUUGGAGACACCUUCAGAUGGAAAGGAGAGAAUGUUGCAACCACAGAAGUGUCAGACCACCUGCUGAUGAUUGACUGCAUCGAGGAAGCUAACGUGUACGGUGUGAAGGUGCCAGGACAUGAGGGCAGGAUUGGAAUGGCAGCGUUGAGUCUGAAGGCCAACAUGGACUUUGAUGGCCAGCUGGUGUAUGAGCAUGUGAAAAGUUACCUUCCCAGCUACGCCCGACCUCGCUUUAUUCGCAUCCAGGACGCCAUGUCGCUGACAGCGACCUUCAAGCUGAUGAAGGUGAGGCUGGUGGAGGAAGGUUUCAACCUCGCCCUCAUCAAGGAGCCCUUGUACUUCCUGGAGGACCAGAAGGGCUACGUGCCCCUGACCCAGGACUUGUUCCAGUCCGUGCAAGAGGGAAGAAUCAAACUGUGAAUCUGCUUCACUUUAUUUCACAAUCAGGAGCACUUUUCAGCCAUGCAACAAGAACUUAGUCUGGAAUAAAGUCUGGAAUAAAGUUUUCAACAAGAACUUAGUCUGGAAAAAAGUUUUCAACAAGAAUUUAGUCUGGAAUAAAGUUUUCAACAAGAACUUAGUCUGGAAAAAAGUUUUCAACAAGAAUUUAGUCUGGAAAAAAGUUUUCAACAAGAAUUUAGUCUGGAAUAAAGUUUUUAACAAGAACUUAGUCUGGAAUAAAGUUUUCAACAAGAAGUUAGUCUGGAAUAAAGUCUUCAACAAGAACAUAGUCUGGAAUAAAGUUUUUAACAAGAACAUAGUCUGGAAUAAAGUUUUCAACAAGAAGUUAGUCUGGAAUAAAGUCUUCAACAAGAACAUAGUCUGGAAUAAAGUUUUUAACAAGAACAUAGUCUGGAAUAAAGUCUUCAACAAGAAGUUAGUCUGGAAUAAAGUCUUCAACAAGAACAUAGUCUGGAAUAAAGUUUUUAACAAGAACGUAGUCUGGAAUAAAGUUUUCAACAAGAAGUUAGUCUGGAAUAAAGUCUUCAACAAGAACAUAGUCUGGAAUAAAGUUUUUAACAAGAACAUAGUCUGGAAUAAAGUCUUCAACAAGAAGUUAGUCUGGAAUAAAGUCUUCAACAAGAACAUAGUCUGGAAUAAAGUUUUUAACAAGAACGUAGUCUGGAAUAAAGUUUUCAACAAGAAGUUAGUCUGGAAUAAAGUCUUCAACAAGAACAUAGUCUGGAAUAAAGUUUUUAACAAGAACAUAGUCUGGAAUAAAGUCUUCAACAAGAACAUAGUCUGGAAUAAAGUUUUUAACAAGAACUUAGUCUGGAA